AUGCAUGAAGCCAUAAGGGAGCGAGCAUUGAAAACGGCAUUAGCGAAAUGGCAAGAGGAGUACGCGCGGCCAGGCACAACGGCGGUCGAGGUCAGGAAGGCUAUAGUACCAGUCUUACCGCAAUGGUAUGGGAGGCAGCAUGGUCACCUUACAUACAGGAUGACCCAAAUGAUAACGGGUCACGGUUGCUUCAACGAUUUCUUACAUAGAAUCGGUAAAGUACGAAGCGAAGAGUGUUCGUUCUGCGAGGCACCAUGCGACAGCAACCUGCAUACUUUGGGCGACUGUCGGGCUUGGGAUGGCGAUAGACAAGCGCUGGCGAGUGUCAUUGGCGAAGACAUGUCGCUAAGCGCUGUUGUGGCGGCUAUCUUAAGAACGCGCGAAAACUGGCUAGCUUUCG